AUGAGGAACCUUGGGAAGAAAGAGCCACUCGAGAAUGCCGCAGGUGACGCCCUCAACGACACGAUUUUUAUCCGUCCUCUUGACGUCGUCAAAGAUGACUCGGUGACAAGUGCCGUCAACGAAAUCGUAGACAAACAUGGUCGAAUCGACCUAGUCAUUAACAACGCUGGUAUCGCCUCCUUCAGCCCGAUUGAGUACCAUCCACUGGCUGACGUUCGGGACGUGUUCGAGACGAACUUCUUCGGGGUUGUUCGGAUGAUGCAAGCAGUCUUGCCUCACAUGAAGGAACAGCGAUCAGGACAUAUCAUCAACGUCAGCACCAUUGGAGGAGUCUUAGGUACACGAUCUUAA